GACAGUUUUCCAGCUCGGUUUGGAGGAAUUCAUUUUGUCAAUCAACCAUGGUAUAUCCAUGCCCUCUACACAGUUAUACGGCCCUUUUUAAAAGAGAAGACGCGGAAGAGGAUAUUUCUGCAUGGUAAUAAUCUCAACAGUCUGCAUCAGCUAAUUCAUCCUGAGAUCCUACCUUCUGAGUUUGGAGGGAUGCUGCCACCCUAUGACAUGGGCACAUGGGCAAGAACUCUGCUAGACCACGAGUAUGAUGAUGACAGCGAAUACAGUGUGGACUCCUACAGCACUCCUGCAAAAGAACUAGAAAAGGAUCUCUCUCCCAAAUCCAUGAAGAGAUCUCAAUCAGUUGUGGAUCCUGGGGUGCAAAAACACCUGGAUAAAAACGAGGAGGAAAACAUGCAGCCUCUGCUUUCACUGGACUAACAGUUUCUGAGCAUCGAAUAUGAAGUGGAGUGGAAGGUACUGCUUUUCAGCAGCAAGCAAACCGUUGGAAAGGCAUGUACCAGCUGAAAUUCUAUUUAUUCAUGUUAAUGUAGCAUAAUGUAAUCAGGCAGCAAGUUAUGCUAGUCUGCCUGAAACAUGGGUGCCCUGGGUUGAAAAAAAAAUCAAUUUAUUCUGUAAGUGCCAACUUGUUUGUAAAUAUAAUGUAAUCUUCCACUUUGAAUUUGUAAGUUAUGGUAGACAAGUAAUAUGGAAAAGUGAUUAUUAAAAUUUGUCUGUGAAAAGCACUGUAAAAAGGGAACACACACACACACACAAACAUUGUUAAUUAAGUUUUGUCCUGUCUAUAGGAAGCAGCUAUCAUAUUGACUACUUUUUUUCCCCUGUCGUCCUCAUGCAGCAUUCAAACGUAAAGCGAAUAUAAGAAUUUGGCGAUAAGGAAAACCACAGUGGUUACAACACUAUCUACAGGAAUUAAUUUUACCAAUAACCUUGUGGUUUUGGGUUGUGACUUGGGAUAAGUCAUGCAUUAUAGGGGGAAAGAGAUAACAGAUGAGCAGGGCGCAAAUGCCUGUAUGGAUUUGUGAGCUUUUGUUCUGUUUAGUUUCAAGAGAAGUUUGGGGGUUUGGAAGCUGCUUGGCUUAUUCACCUAAUUUGAGCCUUUCAGUGUGUGCCAUAUUAAUCCUUCUGUUGCAUAUUGUGUUCACUUCAAGAAUUUUUCCAGAACAUUCUCCUCUUUGGAGUGAAAAAAAUAUUCAUCCCAAUGCAGUGUAAUAACUAGUAUUUUGAACUGCAGCUGUAGGCUCAGGGUUAAUUAUGAAAUCCUGUGCACUCGGUGACUGAAUACAUAUAUAUUUUUACCAAUCUCUAACAAACAUUAUAAAGUGGCGUUGUUAGACAAGUAUAUUUAACCAAGGGUUUAUAAAUCAUACCUAUUCAAUGUACUUAGAGAUAUUAUAGAUUGCAUAUUGAGACAAUGUGACAUUAACAUAGUAGAACUUUAUGUACAGCAUCCAACAUCCAACAUCAAGCACGGACUAAUAUGAAUGAGGCAUAGUCAAGCCACUCAGCAUAGACAUUAAAGACAUUUUUGUUUCGGUUGUGGUGUAAUUGUAUAUAUUAAACAUGUGCCAUAUUACAGAAAUACUCUUAUCUCAUAAGAGCAACUAGUUUCACUAUGGACUGAAUCGAGUCACCUGAAAUUUGGGGGCUAUAUGUUUAUGUCUAUUGUGCUGAUAUUUAUAUGCAUCAAGAUAAGAAUAUGCCCCUGAAAUUGACCAGACAUCUUCACCGGAAUUAAAACUGCACUCAGACAAGGAUGGGAAGACCCAGGAAAGCCAAGACAAUACUGCUGAAUUGUAGAAGUGCUGUAGGAACAUAUCAGAAUCAGUUAAGGUAUUCUUACUUGAUCCCUAACAGCUUGGAAGAACCUUGGGAUCCCCUAGAAACACCAAUAUUUAAGUGUCUGUGAUUCAAGUAAGAUCUUCCCUACAGCAAUGAUGACGUUGCUUAUUUAAAAUGCAAAGAUAUUAUUCACAGGUCACUAAUCAUUUCCAGUGGUGGCUUUAGAGCAAAGAAUUAAUAUAGAAUUUCAAGUAAGAGAACUGUAUCUUUCAGCAUUAAGCUAUAAAGAUACAUGAAUGUUGGUAUUGUCAGAAGUUCAUCCUGCCCUUCCACAAUGGUAUCCUCUCUUUUUAUCCAGAAACCACCUUAAGUCACCUGACUAGUACAAGCAAAACAGAGAUACAACUUUAGUACGUACUUAUUGAUUGAUUAGUAAGAUUGCUAGAGAUAUAUGUCUGCACUUAAUGCCUCAAUAUGUGAUUAUAUUCCAAGAAUCUCUUUGAACAAAUUAUUGUAUUUCUAUGCACAAACUAUACCUGAAAAUAUAGUUAUGAAAUGAACAAAAUACAGGACCUGAAUUUAAAAAAUGUUGAGCCCUGAUAGUUCCAACAAAAGUUUGAAAUCCACCAUCUCCCAGAUUUUAAAGAAACUUCCUUUUGAAUGGUAGAAACAACUGUAUCUAUUACUAUUGUUAACCGUUUAACAGACUAUAGAACCAAAUUAUGAAUUUUGUGCAAUUACGCUAUCACAACCAGAGUAACACCAUGCUAUAUAUCCAGCAUACACACUGAGGGCUCAUAAAGAUGUCAUAUUUGGAUGUAUGCUGUACUUACCUGACAUUCAUAUGGAUAGCAAGAUCAUAUGUUCACAUAAAUUCUGAUCUUGAAAUCCUCACUCAGGCAAAAUUCUCACAAUAGAUGUUUUUCCUGCACAUGGGUUUCAAGGUUUUGCACAGAGUUAAUGUUCCUUGUCUAGGCCUAACUAAAGAUAGAGAUGGUCCAAAUCUUGGUUGAAGCUUUGUGGAGACAAGGCCAGAUCCUGGUGUAAAUCAGCAUAAAUCUAUUUUAAUUAGUUUGAUUUUAAACUACACCAGCUGAAGUGCAGGCCCACUAGAUUCUGUUAAAUCUGGGAAUGAGAUCAGUUGCCUCUUAAAUCUUUAUGAAGCUUCAUGGUAGAAAAAUAUGUAACUUUAUGAAACUUCUGUAUACCAGCUGGCUAAUUUGUUUUUUGUUUUUAAUUCUUUACGGGAUGCAUUUAACUGCAAUUUAUGUAAUGUGGUCUGAUGCCUAAUCUAGUCCUUACUUUAUAGAUUCUUUCCAAAAAGUGAAACUAGGAUAUAGUAGAAUGUUUACAUACUGGAGAACUCAUCCUUUUACCAAGAACAAAGCUAACUUUUCCAUGAAAGAGUCUCAUUACUGAAGAAUUGAGCUUCAGUGCAUUUUGUUGGUGUUUAUGUCUAGCAGAAGCAGUUUAAUGUUGCAGCAGCAAUUCCUCACACUGGAUAAGAAUCUGAGAGUGAAUAAGCAAAAAACAAUUGUUACACAAAGCUUUUCACUUAACUUGUCAGCAUCUACAGAGAAGGAGUUUCUAGCUUCUGCUUCUUGUAGAAAAUAUUCUCUAGCAAAAGGAAAGCCAUUUUUGUCUAAAAAAUAGGGUUAAUUUUCAGUCCAUUUUGCAGUCCAAAUUUCAGUUACCUUCGUUAUUAUGGAAGAUGAUUCGUUUUUCUACUGUACCAUUGAGUUGUAUAACUUCAGACAUAGGUUGGAAUCUUGUGUUCCUGUUUUUGUUUGUUUGGGCAGUAUUAACCGUUUAGUAUUCAACUUCUGUGUUAUUUUAGUUAAAUGUGAAGGAAAAAAAAGAAAUAUUUAAUGGAAAAGGAACAGAUAGCAGUCUUAAAUCCAGCUGACCAGGUGUUUAAGUGAAGAAGACAUAUGGUUUAAAAAUGAUAGUUACAGGUCAUAAGCAGGCUCUAAUUGUUCCCUUUAAACUAUGUCUCUGUGUGUAAAACUGAUGUUUGUAAAAUAUUGAGAAUUCAUGGAACCUUUUGUGCUCAAAAGGCCUAAGCCAGUACCCAAGGAAAUAGAUGGUGAUCUUUUUGUUCACUGAGCAUUGGAUCAGCUCACAGUAACCUCUUAUAAAUACCAAAAUUUACGUGGCCUCUCAGACCAAAACUGAUUACAUGUAACCUGGUUUUUAUCUAGUUACAUCCUAGAAGGAGUGUAAGUUCCUUGUAUGAUAUAAAAAAGAACGGUUUUAGACUCUAGUGAGUAUAUUAUGCUGCUUCACAAAGAUAAACCAUUGUUUUAGUUUAAUCAAGUCUACAUGCUGAGGGAAAUACAUACUUUUGUAGUGUACAUCUAAAAGCAUUGCUUUACCUCACUGAUUUACAUGGAGAAAUGUCCUCUGUGCUGUUUAAUUGCAAGCUCAACAAAGUCUAAGUAUAGCACUAGAUAAAAUUAUACUUUUCCUUUUUUGUUAGUCUUCUUACUUAGGCCUAUACUAUAAUGAUGACUGAAAAGAUUUCCAAACCUUCUGAGAACCAUCAUUCAGAAUGGUUAGGAACACUUAACGAAAAGGAAGACCAUCUGAUUCCAUGUGAUCUUCUGUUUUGUUGGUUUUGGCAUCACCUCAGGAUUUCAGGAAAAGUUAGGGGAAGCAGGAGAAGAAAUGCCCUGAAUCAGACAUCAGAGAUGGAUGUGAUUUUCCUUUUAAAAACAGAGAAACCCUUCAGUUGCUUUUUGGGGAUGAUUUGUUGGAAUAUCACCAGUGUCUUCAUUUCAGGGCUUCUAGUAUGAUAUCAUAGGAAUGUAAUGUAAUCUCAUGAUGAUAUGAAAGUAUUCACAUCAUCCUGCUUAUCAUAUUGUGCUGGCAGCUUAGCCUGCAUUUUUGUGGUACUGAGAAUAGUGGGUUUCAUCCAUAGAUCUCAAAGAGCAUUACAAAGCCAAGUAGAUAGUUAUACCCCUUUUUUCAGAUAGGGAGGUAGUGGUAAAGAGAGUUAGACGUGAGGUUCCUAAGAGAAGGCAUACACAUGGUUCUGAUAUACUGUAGGAAUGACCUUUUUGGGGUAUUUGGCUCACUUACAUUAAUAUCUCAGUAAUUUAAACUGCCUCUAUUUUGUUUUGGUUGAGAAAAUUAUCAGAUGAUUAAAAUCACAAAUUUCCUUAGAAAUUCCCUAAACAUUCUAGCUUGAAUGACUUGCAGAAAUGAUCUGCAUUCCAAAAUUUCUUUCUGAAUUAGGGGCAUAAAUAUAUAUAUAUAUAUUAUAUAAAAUAUAUAUUUGCUGCUGCAGAAAUGAAGAAAA